AUGUCGACAACUGCUUAUCGAAGUACUCAUUCGUCAAGAUCAUUUACACGAAAACAUAUUCGAACAUCAUCCACCAGUGCUAUUCUUCCAACCAUGACAAAUGAUCGUACACGAUUUCAAUCACAAACAAAUAAUAUUCCUCCACCAGUACCACGUAUACGUGAAUCAUUAUCAACUAAUUCAAUAACAUCAUCAAAAACUUCAACGUCAAUAACUUCAUCUCCCUCACUUCCAUAUCAAUCACUAUCAUCAUCGAACUCUUCAAAUGAAAAUUCAACAAAUAAAAUCUCUAAACAACCAUAUACGUUUAGUAAUCCACCACGUGAACUUCAACGACAAUCUAUACAAAAUAUGAAAUAUUUACGUAGUAAUCAUUUACGUCAACGUGUUUCAUCAGCACCAGAUGAAAAUUCCUCUCAAAAUUCUCCACGUUCCAUUAUAAAUCAACAAAAACCAUCAUCAGCGAAUGAAUCAUCAACACCACGUUCACAUGAUGAUAAUCAUAUUCAACAAUUACCAAUAAAUCAUUUAUUAAAACGUGAUGAACAACAAAAAAGUUCAUUAAAUGCUUUAAUUAAAGAACAAGAACGAUCGAAAGUUCCUAAAGCCGUACAAAAACGACGAAUUAUUUUAUUGUUUCGUCGUUUACCAUCCUCAACAUCACCAUUAAUAUCACCAAGACAAGUACAAAAUUCUUCACCAAUUAAACCAGAUAUAAUUUCAAACGAUACUCAUCAACAAGAUAAAAAACUGAAUGAUGAAAUUCAACAUUUUACAAAUAAUACAGUAUUUCCAUCACCAGGUUCAUCCACUAAUGAUCCAUUUCAUGGUUUCGAUCAAGCUGAAAUAGCCGAUUCAAAACAAAUAGCUGCCAUACUUGCUAAUAUACAAUCAUUAGAUGAAUGGAUUCCUAAUACGGUCAAUGGGGGACGUUCUCCACGACAUCAACAAAAAACUUUUGAUCCAACAAAAUAUGAAUAUGUUGCGAAAAAUUCUUUAGAUACAACAACAUUUAAACUUUCACCACGUACAUUGAAACCUGAUGAAGAUUUAGCAGCUCGUUCACGGUUUUCACUAAAUUAUCGUUAUGAAAUGCUUUCAAGUGCUAAUGCACAAAUACCACCAUUAAUGGCAUCAAUUGUUACUGAAAAUAAUAAUACUAUUGGAAAUGGUACUGGUAGUGAAAAAACUUUUACAUUUAGAUUAAAUCCAACAACUACUAUGAAGAAACAAAGUUCACUUGAUGACAUUGAACCAAUACCAUCUACUGUGGAUGGUGAACAAGUCCAAUUAUGUUUUGAUGAAAUACUUAAAUGCUUCUAUGAUCCAAAUACAGGCACAUAUUAUGAAUUGACGUCUGCGUAA